AUGACUAAGUUUUCAUCCUUGUCUCUCUUUUUCCUGGUAGCUGGAGCGCAUAUGACUCUGAAGUGCUUCGGCGUGGAGGUCAUCGGCGGGGAGGAAGUGCCACCGCACUCCCGGCCGUUCAUGGCCUCCCUGCAGUACAAGGGCACCCACAUCUGCGGAGGGGUCCUGAUCCACCCGCAGUGGGUGCUGACUGCAGCCCACUGCCACCGCCGGUUUACCAGAUGCCAGUCUUUCAAAGUAGUUUUAGGAGCGCACUCUCUCUCUAAGCACGAGGCCUCCAAACAGACCUUUGAGGUUAUAAAGUUCGUCCCACACCCAGGAUAUGCGUCAGCUCCCGACUCGAAAGAUAUCAUGCUGGUUCAGCUUCACACGGCCGCAAAACUCGACCAGAGUGUCCAGCUGCUCCAACCAAGCACCAAAAAUGAUAUCAGAGCCGGAACAAAAUGCCAGGUCACUGGCUGGGGCGCCACCGACCCAGUGCUCCUGAGCCUCUCUGAUACCCUGCGAGAAGUCACGGUCACUACCAUCAGUCCAAAGCUGUGCAACAGCCCAAGCUAUUACAACCACCACCCCGUCAUAGUUAAAGGCAUGGUGUGCGCAGGCGACGCCAGAGGCCACAAGGACUCCUGCCAGGGUGACUCGGGUGGCCCCCUGGUCUGCAGCGGCGCCUUCUAUGGCCUGGUAUCUGCAGGUCAUAAGUGCGGCAAAGCCAGGAAGCCUGGAAUCUACAUCCUCCUCACCAAAAACUUCCAGGCCUGGAUCAAACGCAGGCUGUCCCCGCCUCCCGCGCACUAG